AUGCAAAGUAAGUGUGGAAAUGAAGAUGACUCGUACUGCUAUAUAAAUAGAUAUGAUUUAAAUGAAUUAAUAGAAAAUACUGAAGAAAAUGAGAAAUCUACUGAGAGUAAUGGAAAUAAUAGUAUUUGUGAAUAUGAAAUACCAUUUCUUUUGCAAGACCUUGAAAGUAACAAAGAAGACUCUGAAAAAAAUUCCCUAAAAAGUUAUCUUGAUGAUGGUGCAUCAACCAUUAUUACAAAAUGUGAUGAAGAAAAUAAUAUAAAAAAAAAAAAAGAAAAUAUUAGGGAAAAAAUAAAUAUUAUAAUUAUUAAAAAUAAAGGAGUAAUAAAUAAUUUUGAAGAAAUUUUAUCUAUGGCAAAUGUGAAUGAUGAAAAUAUUGAAAAAAAGUUAAAUGACAGAUUUUAUCAAAUAUGUUGUAAAAGUAUUGCUGAUAUAAAUACUCAUAAUUUAAAUAAAGCAAAGGAUAAAAAAGGUAAAAAAGGUUCAUUAAGCAUUGAGCAUAUAGAUUAUGGAGAUAUUUUUCUAACUAUAUAUGAUUCAUUAAGAAACAAGAAAAAAGAUAAUAACAUUUUGCAUAAUUCUUAUGAAAAUUUAAGAAAAUAUGAAAAUUCAUUUAAAAAAAAAAAAAUGAAAAAUCAAUACAUCAAUGAUUUCAAGAGAAGUCAUUACUUAAAAUUUCAUAGAAAAAAAGAAAAUUUCUAUGGUAAUAAUUUAAAUAAUAUUAUAAUUGAUAAAAACUCUAAUAAUUCACGUAAAAGAACAAUUUCCUAUUAUCAAAAAAAUAAUGCAAAAAAGAAUAUUAUAUCAAAAUACAAUUCUCAUGUUAUUGGUUAUGAUGAACUUACGUUAAAAGAUAGAACCUUUUUAAAAAAUUUCUAUAUAAAAAAAAAUAGAAAAAAAGAUGAAAAUAUGUAUUAUUAUGACGAUUAUUAUAAAGGAACAAAAUUAUCAAAUAAAACUAAUUUGCAGAACAUAGAAAAUGAUAAUUUAUGCAGUCCAAUUUAUAGAAAUACUUACACUCCAAGGAAAAUAAAUAAUACAAAUUAUUUUGAGAAUGAAAAGAAUGAAAAUAUAAAUAAUUGUUAUUAUUCUAGAAAUGAUGAUAGAUGCUUUUUAGAAUCAUUAGAAAAAAAUGCACACAUAGAUAUAAAAGGACUAGAAAAUGUAAUAUCUUAUAGAGAGGAAAAAAUAGAAGAAAAUGAAGAGCAGAACAAAAAUACUGAUUUAGCAUAUAACAGUGGUAAUGAUAAUAAUGAGUUAAUACAAAAAAAUUCCACUAGUGAUAAAAAACAUGAUAACAAUUUGGAUCACAUUUGUGAUAAUAAAGAAGUUAAAAACAACCCUAUUGAUUUUAAUCAGUUAGAUAUUUUUUAUAAUAAAAAGAUGGAAGAUAGCGAGAAAUUUUAUAUAGAAAAUGAUUUGAAUUCUGAGAAAAAAAGAAAAAAAAAUGAACACGAUGAUUGUAAUAAAGUUAAAAAUAACAGUAUAAAUGAUGAAGAUACGUUAUAUGAUAAUUACUGUAAAAAUGUAGAUAAUGUAUUAAAUAAAUUAGAAAAUAUAGAUAAUCAUAAUGACAAUUACUGUAUCGAAAAUAAAACUUAUGUAAAAGAGGAUGAUGAGGAUUAUUUUUCUAAAAAAGAGAACAAGCAUAAUUAUGAAGAAAAGAAGAUAGAAAUAAAUAACAUUUUAAAUAAAUCAUCCUCCAGUAAGAUUUGUGAUUAUAAUGAAUCAAUAAAUAGUUUAAGUAGUUUAAAAAAAAUUAGUGAAAAGGAUGAAAGUUAUCUAUCUAGUAAAGAGGAUAAAGAUUAUUUUAAUUUUUUGGCAAAAAAAUAUGAGAAAACAAAAAUAAUGAUGGAUGAAUAUGAAAAUAUUCCUUCUAGUACUAAUAAUGUACAAAAAGAAGAAUUCUUGAAAACUUCCUAUGAAAUUUUAAAUGAUACGGAAAAAAAAAAAGAAAUUGUACAGGAAAAAGAAAGAAGAAAUGAUGAAGAAAAUGAUGAAGAAAAAGAUGAAAAAAAAGAUGAAAAAAAUGUGAUAAAAAUUUUUAGAAGAAGUAGCUAUGAAAAAUAUAAAAAAAAAUAUAAUGAAAAUGAAGUACAAAAUUACUUAGUAGGUUUUAAAACCAAAGAUAAUGAGAGAUAUGAAAAAGAAAUUGAUAAAAUAAGAAAAGAAAAUGAUAUAGAGGAUCUAAAAGAAACGAAUGAAACAGAAGAACAUAAAAUAGAAAAUAAAAAAAAAGUGGUUAAAAACUAUGAAAUGGGAGGAUAUGAAAAAUUAUUAGAAAAUAAUAUGUAUGAUUUAUAUAAUUUAAAAAUGCAUGAUUUACAAAAUUUAAAGACCUAUGAUUUUGGUUUUUCUAAAAAUUUAUUGAAAAAAGAUAUUUUUCUUUAUAGUGAAAGUAUAAAUAAUGAUGAAUGUCUUAAUAACAUAGAAAAUGAUGAAAAAGGAAAUUAUUCAAAAGAAAAGCUGAGAGACUUAGAUGAUAACGAUGAAGAAAAGAAUAUUCUAAAUUAUGACGAAAGUAAUAAGUGUUUAAACUUAGUAAAUUAUAAAAAAGAAGAAUAUUUAGAAAAUGAUGAAAUCAAAAUAUUCUUAGAAAAACUUAAAGUAGAUAUAACAAAUCAAAUAAAUUUAAAUAAUGAUACAUAUUCAGAUAAAGACAAAUUGGAAAAUGAGCAAGAAUUUAACAUAAAUAAUGAAAAUAAUCAAAAUGCAUUUGAUUUAUUAGAUUCAGUGCAUUUAGAUGAAUAUUAUUGUUGUAAUAAUGAGGAAAUAUUAUAUAAUGAUGAAUCUAAUUUAAAUAAUAGAACAAGUGGUAUAAAUGAAAAUGUUGACAAUAAUAAUAUGAAUGACAUAAAUGAAAAUAACAUUAAUGAUGUAAAUAGCAAUUUUAUGAAUGAUGCAAAUCAAAGUAAAUAUUCGUAUGUUGGUUCAAAGUUAAAAUUAUCAGAUUUAAAUGAAUCGAAGGAAAAUAUAAAUAGAGAUUCUUUUUUAGAUGAUUCUAAAAAAUAUUCGGAAAUAAAAAAGGAUACAGAAUGCCAAACAGAUUUUCCACUUGAUUUUUCUAGAAGUAUAAAUAGAACACCAAGAAAGAAGAGUGUUGAAGUGAAAUUAAUAGAAAAAAAAAUUAAAAAAAAAAAAGAGAAAGAAAGGGGAAAUGAAAAUGAAGGUGAAAAUAUUAGAAGAUAUCCUAAAAGAAAUAGAAUUAAAACAUUACGUUAUUGGAUUGGUGAAAGAGAAAUCACUGAAAGAAAUCCUUAUACAGGAGAAAUUGAUGUUAUAGGAUUUAGCGAAUGCAAAAAUUUAGAAGAUUUAUCUCCGCAUAUUAUUGGACCAAUAGAAUAUAAGAAUAUAUAUUUAAAGGAUAUAAUUGACUUAAAAGAAAAGGAAUAUAAUGAUAAAAGUCCAAAUUAUGAUGAAAAUAUUGAAGAAGAAAAUAAUAUAAAAAAUGAUAAUAAGACAGAGGAAAAAAUAGUAAAUGAUAAUAAAUAUAAUCCAAUUUUUAAUAGAGGUGAUAAUAAUAAUAGUGAUCAAAAUAAAAUUAAAAAUGAAGUAGAUACAGUUAACUAUAAUAGAAAAAAGAGAAGAAGAAGAAAAUUCAUUAAUAUUGUUAAUUACAUAAAAAAAAAAAAAAAAAAAAAAUUAAUAAAAAGUAUGGAUAAAAUUCAGGGAGAGAAAUUAUUUUCUAAAAAUAAUGAAGAAGAUAGCAAUUUAGUUAAAGAAAAUAUAAAUGUGAAUAAAAUGAAUUAUGAUAUAGAUAAUCAUGUUUCGCUUAAAGAAAAUAACGUUGUUAUAGAAAAUAAUAAUGUAUCUGAUGAUUGUAAUAUUAUAAAUAAUGAAUAUAAGAAGACAUCUAAGUUUGAUAACACAAAAGAAUAUUAUAAUUUAAAUGAGGAUUAUGAAUGCAAUAAUUCUGUAGUUAACGAUUUUAAUUUGUUUUUUGAUGAUGCAAAUAUUUAUGAUGAUCCUAUAGAAAAAAAAGAAAAUAGUAAUAAAUUCACCGAAGUGAUAAAUAGUAAUACCAGUUACGAGAAUAAAAAUGAAGAAAUAAAAGAAGCAAAUCAAAUUAAUGAAUAUGAAAACGAUAAGGAUAUAAAUGAAACUAAAAAGAUGAGAGAAAAUGAAAGUGAUAAGGAUAUGAAUGAAACAAAUAAUAUGAGAGAAAAUGAAAUCGAAAAGGAUUUGAAUGAAACAAAUAAAAUGAGAGAAAAUGAAAUCGAAAAGGAUAUAAAUGAAACAAAUAAAAUGAGAGAAAUUGAAAUCGAAAAGGAUUUGAAUGAAACGAAUAAAAUUAGAGAAAAUGAAAGCGAUAAGGAUAUGAAUGAAACUGAUAAAAUGAGAGAAAAUGAAAUCGAAAAGGAUAUAAAUGAAACAAAUAAAAUGAGAGAAAAUGAAAUAGAAAAGGAUAUAAAUGAAACAAAUAAAAUGAGAGAAAAUGAAAUCGAAAAGGAUAUAAAUGAAACUAAUAAGAUAAAAGAAAAUAAAAACAUAAUAAAUAUAAAUGAAAUAAAAAAAAAAAAUAAUGUAAAAAAAAGGAAUGACUAUAAUUAUAAUAAGAUUAAUAGUAAAUAUAAUAGAGAAGAAAAUGUAAUAGAGAAUAAUUCAGAGAAAAAAAAAAUAAUUUCUGUAAAAAAUAAAAAAAUUACAAAAAAAAUGAAAUAUAUGAAGAGAAAAAAAAAAGAAAGAAAAAUAGAUAAAAUGUAUAAUCAAUUAUCUAUGGUGAAUUUAAAUUUUUUUUCGUUGAAAGGAAAAAAGGAAAAAUCAAAAUCAUUCAUUUCGAAAAAUGAGGAAAAAAAAAAAACAGAAAAGGAAUUAAAAAGUGAAAUUAAAAAAAAAAAUUUAUACCAAGAAAAAAAAAAAAAAAGGAAAAAUGAAAUACAGAAAAAGGAACAGAAACAAAAAAAAAGGAAAAAAUUUAAUGAGAAUAAUAAAUUAAAAAAAAAAUAUAAGGAUAAGAAUAAUAAUAAUUAUAAAAAAGGAAAAAAUAAAAUUUCUGAGGUAGAUAAAAAUAAUAAAAGAAUUAAUAAUUUAACUAAAAAACAGAAUAAUAAUAAUAGUAAAAUUAAAGAUGAAUUAGACAAAGAAAAUGUAAAAAAAAAUAGCAUAAAUAUAUGUAUAAGAAAUAAUAAUGCAAAUCCUAAUGAUUUAUUUUAUUCAACAAAUAUUAAUGAAAAUGAUGAAAACAAAAAUGAUGAAAAUAAAAAUGAUGAAAAUAAAAAUAAUGAAAAUAAAAAUGAUUCAAUUCAAAUUAAUAUUAAUGAAAAUGAUGAAAAUAAAAAUGAUUCACUUCAAAUUAAUGUUAAUGAAAAUGAUGAAAACAAAAAUGAUGAAAAUAAAAAUGAUUCAAUUCAAAUUAAUAUUAAUGAAAAUGAUGAAAAUAAAAAUGAUUCACUUCAAAUUAAUGUAAAUGAAAAUGAUGAAAAUAAAAAUGAUAGAAAUAAAAAUAAUUCACUUCAAUCAUAUACAAAUAAUAAUAAAAAUGAUAAAAAUAAAAUUAUUAAAAAUUUUAACAGACAUAAUAUCUACUUAAAAAUUCUUGAAAACAUGAAUAAAAGUGACAAUUUAGAAAGUUAUAAAAAUAUAAUUUCAAAAAAAGACGAUUAUACAAUAUAUAUAAAAAAUGAACAAAAAAAAAAAUAUUCUAGAGAAAAAGGAAAUAAUUAUGUAGAGUAUGAUUUAUUAAAUAAAAUUAGUCUAAAGGAAAAUAUAGAAAAAAAGGAUUUAAAACAUGAAGAUAAUAAAAUAUUAUUAAGUUCAUUCCAAGAUGAUAAAAAUAUUGUUAUUAGAAAUGCUUUUUUAAAAACAUUUAAAAAUAAUUAUAAAAGUGCAAUAAUAAAAAAAAAGAAAAAAAAAAAAAUUACUCCAAAUAUAAAAAAAAAUGAAAAUAUUAUUUUAAAGAAUAAUAACCCUAUAGAACAGAAAUAUGAUACACAUUUAAAUAAAAUAAAGUUCUCAUUAGUAUAUCCAUUUAAUAGUUAUAUGAGAGAUAAAAAUUUUUAUAAAUAUUCAUAUUUAUCUAUAGACCUACCACGUAUUCAAAAGAAUUUUGGUUAUUUUAAAUUGGAUAUUAAUCUAUAUUGCAUUAAAAUUGAUCCUGAUGAAAAAUUUAUUAAUAAUAGUUAUGAAAGCAUAUUAAUUGGUUAUAUUGAUAAAGGAGAAAAAAUUAAAAUAUUAUUAGAAAGUGAAAAAUGUUACGAAAAAGGUGAUUUCUUUUUUAUACCCAAAUUUUCUAAUUUCAUAAUUAUUAAUGAAAGCAGAUAUUGUUGUAUUUUAUAUAUUUUUCCCCUAAAUAGAUAA